CGGUAAUACAGUGCCGCAGAAAUUCAGUGAAUUUUCUCAGCAACAGUAAUUUUUUCUGUGAGAAUUUAAGCAAAUUAAUCGCAAGAAAUCCAUUAAUUAAAUUAAAGGAAUAUUAAAAACAAGUGAUUAAACAGAAAAUUAACAAAACAAUGGCUCCAAAAGCAGGAAACGUUGCAAUGAAACCCAAAAGCCAAGCCUUUAAAGAUAAAUCUAAACCAACCGAUGUUCGUCUAUCGAAUAUACAGGCAGCCAAAGCUGUUUCCGAUGCCAUUCGCACCAGUUUGGGACCCCGCGGUAUGGACAAAAUGAUCCAAGCCGCCAACGGUGAGGUAUCCAUCACCAAUGACGGUGCCACCAUUUUGAAACAAAUGAAUGUUUUACAUCCAGCUGCCAAAAUGUUGGUUGAACUUUCCCGUGCUCAAGAUGUAGAAGCUGGUGACGGUACCACUUCUGUUGUUGUCAUCGCUGGAGCUUUGUUGGAGGCUUGUGAAAAACUUUUGCACAAAGGUAUUCAUCCCACCGCCAUUUCCGACUCAUUCCAACGUUGCUCGAACAAAGCCAUUCAGAUCUUGAACGAAAUGUCCACACCCAUUGAGUUGAGUGAUCGCGAAACUUUGAUUAAGAGUGCUUCCACUUCCUUGAAUUCCAAGGUUGUCUCACAACAGAGCAGUUUGUUGGCUCCCAUUGCUGUAGAUGCUGUUUUGAAAGUUACUGAACUUGGCCGCGAAGGAGCUGUCGAUUUGAAGAAUAUCAAAGUCAUUCAGAGUUUGGGCGGAACUGUAGAGGAUACUCAGUUAAUUGACGGUUUGGUGUUCACCUCACGUUCGGCCGGUACUAACGCUCCUAAGCGUAUUGAGAAGGCAAAGAUUGGUUUGAUUCAAUUCUGUAUCUCAGCACCAAAAACUGAUAUGGACCACAGUGUCAUUGUUUCCGAUUAUGCCGCCAUGGAUCGUGUUUUGAAGGAAGAGCGUACAUACAUCCUCAAUAUUGUCAAGCAAAUCAAAAAAGCUGGCUGCAACGUACUUUUGGUUCAAAAAUCCAUUUUGCGUGAUGCCGUUUCCGAUUUGGCUCAACAUUUCUUGGACAAAAUCAAGUGCUUGGUGGUCAAGGAUGUCGAACGUGAAGACAUUGAAUUCGUAUGCAAAACUUUGAACUGCCGUCCCAUUGCCUCCUUGGAUCAUUUUGUUGCUGAAAAUCUGGUUAAUGCCGAUUUAGUUGAAGAGGUUGCCAGCGGCACCAACAAAUUUGUCAAGAUCACUGGAAUUCAAAAUCCUGGACGCACCGUGUCGAUCAUUUGCCGUGGUUCCAACAAAUUGGUGUUGGAAGAGGCUGCCCGUUCUUUGCACGAUGCCUUGUGUGUUGUGCGUUGUUUGGUUAAGAAGCGCGCUCAAAUUGUUGGUGGCGGUGCCCCCGAAAUUGAAAUGGCUUUACAGUUGGCCGCUUAUGCCCAAACCGUAGAGGGUGUAGAUGCUUAUUGUUUCCGUGCUUUUGCCGAUGCUUUAGAGGUAAUUCCCUCCACCUUGGCUGAAAAUGCUGGCUUAAAUCCAAUUGCCACUGUCACUGAGUUGCGCAAUCGUCAUGCUCAAGGUGAAAAGCAUGCUGGUAUUAAUGUACGCAAAGGAGCCAUUACCGACAUUUUUGCUGAAAAUGUAGUCCAACCAGCUUUGGUCAGCAUUUCGGCUAUUUCUUUGGCUACAGAAACUAUUCGUUCGAUUUUAAAAAUCGACGAUAUUAUCAAUACUAUUUCUUAAGUUUUGCCUUUAAUCUACUACAU